GCUCCCCACGCCGGCGAUCUCUCCACGCUCCAGGAGUACUCCACGCUCCAGCCGCGCCGCCGCCGCCGGCCAUUUCUCCUCGCUCCUUCCCUCCCAGGUAACUCCCUUCCCACUCCCUCGUUUGUGGAUCAUGCUCCCAGCGCGAUGGAGAAGAUGGCCGCGCGCCUCCUCGAUCUGCGUGCGACCUCCAGCCCGGCCGGCGAGCGUGCGGGACGGCGCGGAAGCACCGGAGCGGCGGCGUUUCGUGUGCGGGGCUCGUGCUUCUUCGCCUGCUUCGACAUCAAGGUAUACUCAAACCCUAAUCCCGCUGAUGCAUGAUGGAUUUGGCGCAGAGGGGGGAAAGCCCAGAAGGGGAAUUUCACGCUUUCAGAUAUUCUUUGCUACGCAGUGACUAGUGAGACAACUCUGAGGAUAUCAUUUUCUUUGCCGGUGAAAAAAAUGCUAAUCCUAUGACGAACACCCAACUGCAGCUUGCUGAUUAACUUAACAAUUAGAGUCACCGUCGAAGAAAGUGUGAGCAGACUGUUCAAUGCUGAGCCACAGAGGAAAUCACGCAAUUGAUCAAGUCGUUGUCCCUUCAAAGUUACAUUUUCCUGAAAGAAAACUGUAGGGGAGGCUACAUAGAGCUCAGAGAGCAAGACACCAAGUACGGAGUAGGAAACAAAUCAGGGUGGGCAGGCUCUAGAAGCUCAAUCCAGUCUAAAAGGAUGGAACGAAAGUCAUCCUUUAGUCCUUUGGGUUACAGUCUCUUGUUUGAAAUGCGAAAUUACUUCCGAUUUGGUCACUCAUCCUGAGCGAGAAGCACCCACAUCACCAGUCACUCAAUCUUAGUUUAGUAAUUCUGGUUUCCAAGCACUAAACCAGACUAAAAGCACUGGAUUGGCCAACUGCUUACAUCAGAAAGUGGAUCAAACAAACUUUAUGGAGUCAAAGUCUUGCUUUUCUGAUCAGCCCUUUUCAGUCAGUGGCCAGGAGGAUUAUCCAUGGAAGAGUUCUAUAAGUAAAGUAUGUAGCAAUACCACCUUAUAUGUUGCAGGCCAUAUAACACGCUCCACAAAUUCCAAGCUCUUUUACACUGCAAGCAGCCAGCACUGUCCAUGGCUAUGGCAUUUCCCCUCAUGAUACUCGCACUGCUCUUAUUUCUGCCAGCGACCAUGUUUGCUGCUCCUUCCCCCCAGAGAAAUAAUGCCACCGACCUAGCUGCGCUCCUAGCCUUCAAAGCCCAGCUCUCCGAUCCUCUUGGCAUUCUUGGGGGGAACUGGACGAGCGGCACAUCCUUCUGCCACUGGGUUGGUGUCUCUUGCAGCCGGCGUCGGCAGCGCGUCACUGCUCUUAUGUUGCCAGGCAUACUGCUCCAAGGGUCAGUCUCCCCGUAUCUUGGUAACCUCUCUUUUCUCCAUGUCCUAAACCUCAGCAACACAAACCUCACGGGCUCCAUCCCACCUGAUAUUGGUAGAUCGAGUCGUCUCAUGGUUCUUGAUCUUGGCCUUAAUGGAUUGUCUGGCAUCAUCCCUCGUACCAUAGGAAACCUCACAAAGCUAGAGACCCUUUUGCUAGGCUACAAUGAUCUGUCUGGGCAAAUCCCAAAGGAUCUGCAAAACUUAAACAAUCUUAGGCAGAUACACCUCGGGAUAAACGGCUUAAGUGGCCAGAUACCAGAGCAAUUUUUCAACAAGACGUCUCUGUUAAAUUAUCUCAACUUUGAAAACAACAGUCUAUCAGGGCCGAUACCACCCGGUAUUGCCUCCUGUGAUAUGCUUGAAUCCCUCAACUUGCGUUGGAAUCAACUGUCCGGUCAAGUACCUCCAACCAUAUUCAACAUGUCUAGACUACAAAAUAUGAUCCUCUCAUUCAACCUGUAUUUGACAGGACCCAUCCCAAGCAACCAAAGCUUUAGUCUACCCAUGCUGCGAAAUUUCCGUAUCGGUCGCAACAAUUUCACAGGUCGAAUUCCACCAGGACUUGCAUCAUGUGAACUCCUCCAAGAACUUUCUCUAUCCGUAAACUCCUUUGUGGACUUUAUCCCAACAUGGCUUGCUAAAUUAUCUCAGCUAACUUUCCUUAGUUUAGCUGGAAAUGGCCUUGUCGGUUCAAUUCCGGGUGAGCUCAGUAAUCUCACUAUGCUCAAUGUUCUUGAACUCUCGCAUGCAAAUCUAAGUGGAGAGAUUCCAGAUGAAUUAGGGGAAUUGAGUCAACUCACGAAAUUACAUCUUUCAAGCAAUCAACUAACAGGUUCUUUUCCAGCUUUAGUUGGGAACCUAACCCAACUGUCUUUACUAGCAGUAGAUUCGAACCAGUUAACUGGAUCAGUCCCAGCAAAUAUUGGGAAUCUCAUAUCCCUUAACAUUCUUAGUAUUGGAAAAAAUCAUCUCACAGGGAGACUUGAUUUCUUGUCUACUCUCUCCAACUGUAAACAACUCAAAUACAUCGGCAUAGAAAUGUGUUCUUUCACCGGUGUCAUUCCUGCUUACAUUGGAAACCUCUCUAAAAAGUUAACAAAAUUGUAUGCAUACAACAACCAUUUAACUGGCAUAGUUCCGACAACAAUAUCAAAUCUAAGUUCUCUCACUACAGUAUCCUUUACUGGCAACCAAUUAAGUGGCACAAUCCCAGAUUCCAUUACACUAUUGGAGAAUCUUGAGUUACUAUUCCUAUCUGAAAAUAGCAUGGUUGGCCCAAUCCCAACGCAAAUUGGCACCCUAACAAGAUUGCUGGAAUUAUCCCUGGAAGGCAAUAAAUUUUCUGGCUCCAUACCAAAUGGUGUUGGUAAUCUCAGUAUGCUAGAACGCACUUCGUUUGCAGAUAACCAACUGUCUUCAACUAUACCCGGGAGCUUAUACCAUCUUAGUAACCUUCGUGUAUUGCUUCUAUAUGAUAACUCACUUACUGGUGCAUUGCACCCUGAUCUUGGUUCCAUGAAAGCAAUAGACAUAGUAGAUAUAUCUGCUAACAACUUGGUUGGUAGCCUCCCAACUUCAUUUGGACAGCAUGGACUGUUAAGCUACCUUGAUCUAUCACACAACGCGCUGCAAGGUUCAAUCCCAGACGCUUUCAAAGGAUUACUGAACCUAGGACUACUGGACCUAUCUUUUAACAACCUUUCUGGCACUAUCCCAAAGUAUUUGGCCAACUUUACUUCUCUGAGUAGCUUGAACCUCUCUUUUAAUAAGUUCCAAGGUGAGAUACCAGAUGGAGGUAUUUUCUCAGACAUCAGUGCAGAAUCUUUGAUGGGAAAUGCCAGAUUGUGUGGCGCCCCACGUCUAGGAUUUUCACCAUGCCUUGGCGAUUCUCACCCAACCAACAGGCACUUGCUAAGAUUUGUGCUCCCGACUGUCAUAAUAACAGCUGGAGUUGUAGCAAUUUUCUUAUGCCUAAUAUUCAGGAAGAAAAACACGAAGCAGCCAGAUGUUACCACUUCUAUUGACAUGGUUAAUGUGGUGAGCCAUAAGUUAGUUUCCUACCAUGAUAUUGUUCGAGCAACUGAAAAUUUCAACGAGGACAACCUACUUGGAGUUGGAAGUUUUGGCAAAGUUUUUAAGGGCCAACUGGACAAUAGUUUGGUGGUCGCGAUAAAAGUACUUAACAUGCAAGUCGAGCAGGCCGUGAGGAGCUUUGAUGCUGAAUGUCAAGUGUUGCGGAUGGCUCGGCAUCGCAACUUGAUACGGAUAUUGAAUAGCUGUUCCAACCUGGAUUUCAGAGCACUGCUGCUCGAGUACAUGCCAAAUGGUAGCUUGGAUGCACACCUGCACACUGAAAAUGUAGAACCACUAGGAUUCAUCAAAAGAUUGGACAUUAUGCUUGGCGUGUCAGAGGCGAUGGAGUACCUGCACUAUCAUCACUGUCAAGUUGUUCUGCACUGCGAUCUGAAGCCUAGCAAUGUGUUGUUCGAUGAAGACAUGACCGCGCAUGUUGCGGACUUUGGCAUUGCAAAGUUACUUCUAGGAGAUGACAAGUCCAUGGUUUCUGCGAGUAUGCCAGGGACAAUUGGGUACAUGGCCCCAGAGCUUGCGUACAUGGGGAAGGUUUCACGUAAGAGUGAUGUGUUCAGCUUUGGGAUCAUGCUGCUUGAAGUCUUCACUGGGAAGAGGCCCACUAAUGCAAUGUUCGUUGGAGAGUCCAACCUUCGGCAUCGGGUUUCAGAAGCAUUUCCAGCAAGGCUCAUUGAUAUUGUUGACGACAAGCUGCUGUUAGGUGAAGAGAUAAGUACUCGGGGCUUCCAUGACCAAACCAAUAUCAUUUCAUCGGCGUCGCCUUCUACUUCCUGCAAAUCCAACUUUCUUGUGUCGACAUUUGAGCUGGGUCUGGAGUGCUCAAGUAAAUCUCCUGACGAGAGGCCGAGCAUGAGUGAGAUAAUUGUGAGGCUGAAGAACAUCAAGAAGGAUUACUCUGCUUCCGUGAUGGUGACUCAAGUUGAUUGACAUGGCAAUGUGUUUGGUUCUCUGUAAUGGUUCUUUUCCAUGAAAAAUCAAGCAUGAGGGUUGUGCUGCACUGCUGCUAAAUUUUCGGUUAUCAAUCACACCUAGCACUAGCAGAUGUAACAUGAUGGUCAUCUGAACUUGCAAUGUCACCAUCUAGAGUUACAGUAACAUGUUGUAACUGGUGCAUUGGUGUUUCUGAAAGCUGAUCAUAGAUCGCAAAUUCUUUGAGAAUUGAGAUAUCGUAAGGUCUGGAAAUGGAUUUGUGAAUUUGUCAUCAUGAAUAGAAGAAUGGAUGCCUGCAGCCCUGCACUGUAUUUAUUGCU